GCGCCAACUUCAAUCUUCUCCGCCGAGGGCACAGGCUUGCUUUUCGGAUAGCAUGCACUUAAAUUUACGGACUAGGAACAUGUCCUCAUGCCUUUCUAGGUAGCUACACCCCUCCACGGUUGUGAGACGACCGAGUUUUCAAGAUGGAUAAAUCCAAGACGCGUCCCCUCAAGACCAUCCAUCUCAAGUCGCGUCCACUUACAACUCAUGCUCUCGCAUGGUCUUGCGACGCCGAGUUGGCGGUCGCAACCGAUGACACAAUAUACGUCUUCUUACCAGAGUACCCCAAAGCCAGCGAUCGUGAUGAGGCUACGGAGGAGGAACCGCACCAAUUCUCUCUGUCGUUCCGGGCAUCAGGGCUGAUCCGACCGGACCCAACGAUCAAUGCGCAGCUCUGCGCUUUUGCAGGGGUCAGAGUUGCGGCUCCCCGGGCGACUGAGGAGAACUGGUUCACAGGCGUGGGUAGCGGGCUCGUCACGAGCUCUGGCGCAUCAGUCUGUCAGAUCAUCAGGUUGGAAUGGUCGCCGAAAGGGCUCGGGUGUAAUCUGCGGCCUGUCCUAACCGUCUUGUCAACAAACGGAGCCAUCAUCGUGCUUGGAGAACACAUUGACCGGCAGUCAACAGUAAUAUCGGGCAUGCGCACGCGCGGCUUCAAAGCAUGGAAGACGCUAUGGGGCCUAGGAGCACAACUGCCUCUGCCGGAUUCAAGUGAGGAGGACGGGUACCGAAAUAUGAAUGAACGCAUUCAAGCUUUCUCAUGGGCCAAGGAAGUCUCCAGUGGCAGAGCCAUUCUUGCAUACUGCAAUGAUGCCGAGGAGAUUGCGAUCAUGAGUGUACAGCUCUUUUCCCGACCGAAACCUUCAGAGCCGACAACUGAGGAGUCCAUGUGGGAUAUCCAGGAACUGGCUCGAUUUGAUGGACGAGGACCGCACACAAAAGAGGAUGCUACAGAUAUCACGGACCCUGAUUUCGUCCCACAUGGAAGCGCCUUCUCAUUGAAAUGGAGUCCUUGGUUUGUUAGCGAGGGCAAGAGGACAGCGAUUCUGGCAUACUUGGCAAAGAAUCAUGUCGGCUUUCGUCGGAUCACGAUCCAAGGUGACUGGGCCAAGGGCCAGCUCCCCCAACUCGACGUCGAAGUGGCAGAUAUGACGACUAUCUGCACAUUCCUACCGACCGACGCAAUUGUUGAGUGGGAGGAUAGUAUUAUUAUGGAAGAUGAUAAGCCGCUGGCUAGAGGAGUCAUCGGCACGCCCUUUGAUGUAAAGCCGUUCCAGGUUUCGCUCUCCGACCCACCCAAAGAUCCGGGAGAAGCGCACUACACUUGGGAAUGCUCUACUACAUAUCCCAAAGAAGAAGAAAAUAUCUCAAAAAGUCCUAUCACCGGACUCAUCAUGCACCGACCCAAUCAAUCGACUAGAGCCGCAGUUCCGCAUUACUCGCUUGUCAGGCUGUCAGCAACAGCGAGCAACCAGGACUGGUACCAGACCAACCUCCCUGAAACAGGGUCCAAUCCGCCGCAAUGGGCUGGGAAGAUUAGAAAACUCACCACACGGCUCAUCUCCCGCACGUCUGCCCUGGAGGGCCUGGAUUCUGACUCAGACGACUCCGAAGACGAGCUCAUGGAGGAGGACGAGUCGAAGCUGCAGGUGCCCCAGUCGCGGUUCCGUAUAUGGGGCAUGGCAGCGUCCCCGGGCGGCGGCUCGACAGUUGUUUUGGUGUCCCAGUACAGCACGCUACACCCGGAGCGCCGUGCCAUUUCCAAGUUAAUCUUUGGGUGGCGGGACGGACCGGAGCAUCAAGACGAGACACAAAGCCAAGCAGCCACGCCAUUGGAAGACCUGUCAACAGAAGGUCAGCUUUGGGAAUGGAUGUACGGAGGGGGCGCUGAGGUGCCCGGGACGACCGUUCAGAGCAAGAUGAGUGCUGAAGUACGUGAGUCGCCACUCCGGAGGCAGUUUAGGGAGGUGAUUGCGCAUCAACGUUGUGUUUUUUGUGACUCGACGCUCCAGACCGAAGGGUACGAAGUGAAGUGCGAGAAUGGGCACUCCUUUGCGCGAUGUGCCGCGACUGAUUUGGCCAUCAUGGGACCUGACAUAUCCCGUAUCUGCGCCGUGUGCGAACUGCGGUGCCUCAAGGUGUCUGAACUAUCGAAGAUGGCGGAGGAGUACAUUGGUUCUGGAACUACGGUUGAGUCGUCUGGUGAAGCGUGUGGUGGAUGUGGCGGGAAGUUUGUGGCUUGAGUAAGGCUGUGAGGGAACUGGAGUUCUCCUGGAUGCAAUCAAUCCUGGUAGGAGCCACUAAAAUACGAAAUAUAUUGUUCAAGUGUG